GAGUUUAGCAGGAAUUGAAACUGAUUUCUGGCCCCUCCAAAAUUUGAGUGUUUCCCUAGCUAUAGCAGCAAUACUGGUUUCUGCCAAGGCAAGGUACUUGCAAAACCAUGUCUGGGGCUGGAGGAUGGAGGGAAGGCAGCGGGUACAGGACAGCUACUGCCUUCAAUAUGCCAUCUUCCUCUCAGGGUAACCCUCAUGGCAACAAGGAAACAGAGAAGGGUGAAAACACCCAGAAGCUGACAGCAUCUGAAGAGAAACAAGGAGGCCAAGCAUCAGCACACCAACAACAGCAAAAGCAGUAUGUUGGUCCAUAUGUCUUGGUAACUCCAAAUGAAACCAGAAGAAAACAGUUGCAGCAAAUUGCUAAGAAAGAGCUCGAUGACCUGGAGCAAUGGAAGAAAGAACACAGGCCAGGGCCAAUUACGUUGGUGCCACAGAGACUGGGUGGAAAUGAAUCAGAGGCUCAAGUACGACAAAACCAACAAAUGAUUCUCAUGCAAUCUAAAUACCAGAAAAAGCACAAAAGAGAAGAGUACGUAAAAGCAAAAAAGGCAGCUGAAGAAGCUGAAAUCCUGAAAAAGAAGGCAAUUCAGAGAGAAAAGGCAGAGAGACUUGAAGCUAAAAAAAGACAAGAAGAAAUGCAAAGAAGAGAGAUGUUUCUUGGAGAUCAAAAGUACAAAACCAGUGAAUUACUGAACAGAUUGGACGUGGGUUUGCCAAAGAGUGAUUCCUGUCAGAUUGCUAAUCCUGGCCCAGAAUCUACAGCAUGGAAAAGAAGCCAUGCUUAUAAGCAAGCUCUUCGAGAGGAUGAAAACAGAAGAUUAGAGGAAAUGAAGCAAGAACAACAGAGGAAGGCUGAAUUAUUGGAAUUUAAACAAAAGCAGGAAGAGGAAACCAGGACAAGAACACUAAAAAAUGAACAGAGGAGAACGGUCUACUUUGUCCAUGCUGCAUCUUGUGGCGGACUGUCUCUGAGGGUAAAUAAUGCUUUCCUGGACCGACUCCAGAACAGAACACAGCCUAAUAACAUCUACCACCCUGGAUAUAAUGGACUACCUCAAUAAUGGCACCUUGUGUACUGUUUCCUGAUAAACUCCAAGGAAAAUGUGUGACACAGCCAAGAUCCCCAACAUUUUUCUCAAGCAUCUCCAUCAGAGCACCUGCCUUCACCCCUGGAAACCUUGCCAUUGUCUGCAGAGGUGGCAGGGCUUUGCCUUUAGUCAGAUGCACACACCCUCUUUCACAGUCUGUAUCAUUGAGCACAAAUGAGUGUGCUCAGCCUAGGCACAGUUUUAACAACAGGUGACUAUGUGAGGGUUUUUUUAAUAUGUAAAUCGAAUUAAUGCAUCAAUACAAAUGCAAUAAAACCCUGUGUAUGGAAGUGAUAAAUGUCCUACUCUGUUAUUUACUUAAUGACUCCCAAAGAGCAUGCCUUCUGCUGGGUAAUGCUAGAUCUAUUUUUCCUUUAUGUUAUAACGUGACAUUUGAAGACUAAACUGAGAAGGAAAAGAUUAAAAUAUGAAAGAAUAUGUCCUAAUGGAUAGGAAUUAAAAAAUGGGUAUUGGUAACAAGCACAAGAAAGAAAAAUAAUCUCUCAAAAGAUAGGCUGGAGGCAGCAAUCUUAGUGUCUUUGAUUAUACCGAGAUUUUUCUCCUUUCCUUUGGGAUUUAAAAAAAAAAGAGCUGAACUGCAGGCAGGGCUUACAAGUCAUGUAGUCUGCAGCCAGGCAUUUUACAUUACAAGGAAGCUAACUGAAACAGGUCCGACUAUAUACUAAGAUUAAGAGAAGGUAAAAAAGUUCCCAAAGUAAAGACAUGAAGGUAAUUUUUGAGCCUCUUCCAUCUGUGCAAUGGCACCAAAGGGUGCCAUUUGUUCUCUUUCCUUCUUGUAGAUUUUUUCCCCUGUUUGAACUCUUUACAGUCACAACAACUUCACACUUAACAGAAACUGAAUGUUGUGCUCUAUUGUUGAUGUAUCCACUCUAUUUUUCACUGUUGGUUCUAUUAGCCUGGUUUCCUAAAGAAAUGAAAUUUGUACGAUCACACUGUCUGUGUGCAUGUAAUAAGAUUUCCCAGCUGCUGGCCAAUCUUAGCCAAAUUUGAAAGGGAUUACAAGUCUCAGAGAUAAUUAAAUUUCUGUGUGUUUUGUGAAAAGCAGUGACUAGCAUAGGAGACAGCCUAAAACAGUGCCCACUCUGAGGGGUGGUGCAUUCUCUGCAUUGUUUGACUGCAGCCCUCUGGCAGAUCAGCGUGGGCACAGCUCAAGAGCAGCUGCAGCUCUGCCCUGAUGUCCUGGGGGCUAGGGGAUUCAGAAAGGGACAUGAUAUCACAAAUGACAUGGAGAAAAGGGGAGGAGGCUGAAUAUAUUGUGUACGUCUGGGAAGAGGGCAGGAGAGCAGUUACAUUGUCCAAUUGUCCCCUAAGCAAUAGGAAAUGAGUUUUCAUUAAUUCAAAUCCCCUCCAGACAUUUUGUGUUUUAUUAGGAAUAUUUAUAAGCUGUUCUAUUAAGAAGGAUCUUCAUGACUGUAAUUUCUCCUGCCUUUUUGAUUAUAAAUGCCAGGGCACUCUCUGGGUGGCUUUGUAGUUUCCAUUUUUAAUGGGGAAACAACAUAAUGAAGUUCCACUUCUAUCUGUGAGCUACUGCACCCUUGAGAAAGCCCCGAGUCUUGCUGUAUGCUAUCAAGAAAGUUUUAAUGCCCUUUGCACUGCCUUUGGCAUAAAGAUAAACCUUUCAAGAUAGGAGAAUAAGAAAAUUACCAUAGUCCUUUCAAAAUCCAAGUUUAAUAAAUAAGAUCAUAUAAUGGAAUCAUAGAAUGGUUUGGGUUGGAUGGGACUUUAAAGAUCAUCUAGUUCCAACCUGCCUGCUAUGGGCAAGGACACCUUCCACGAGAUCAGGCUGCUCAGAGCUCCAGAAAACUUGGCCUUCAGCAUUUCCAGGGAUGGGGCAUCCACAGCUUCUCUGGGCAACCUGCCGCAGUAUUUCACCACCCUCACAGUAAAGAAUUUCUUCCUAAUUUAAUCAUGAUUCAUCUGGGACUUAGAACUGAGACAGUAUUUGUUCACUGUUUUGGCACAAAUGAUCAGUAAAGCACUUUUGUUGUUACAAAAGAAUAACUUUUAAACAGUUGCACAUUUUGUUAUUCAAUGCCUCAUGGGAUUUGCCCAUAUCCAAGUAUGUAGGGAUUUGCAGAGACCAAAAGCUAAUGCAUGGCAAGCCUGUAACAGAGACCUUGUUAAUUUUUUGCAUGAAAAUGGGUCACUGUCAAGUACCCUUUUGUUUAUUCUGUAAAUGGGGAGAGGUCACAUUGUGAACGUAUGAAAUUUAUAGGUCUGCUCUUCUUCAAUUAAAUACUAGUUGUCUUGCUGAAACUCUCUGAGCCAUAGCAAACCCAGAGUCUAGAAGGCAAGGUGACAUAUUACAUCCUCCUGUCUCAUGUCUCCAUUAUAUCCAGUGUGAUGCAUAAGAAUGAGAAAUGCUCCCUCGAGUGCUAACUCUGCUCUUUCAGUGGAUGCAUAAUACUAGAUACUUGCUGUGCAAAGCAGCUAUGCCCUGAAUACACAGGUGUAGUGGGACAGGAAACCCCAUUCUCUUCCUUUCCCAUGUGCAGAACAGGAACUGAAUAAGAUGCUGGAUAAAUUUGUUUUGAGGAAAUAUGAUUAACGGAUAAAACUAUUUUGAAUAAACAUGGUU